AUGGACAGGCAGCGAUUCUUGAGGGUGUUUUCAAGGUGGUUUCAUAUCGUUUUUGCUUCGCUCCGUGACCUUGCCAUUAAUCCAAAUACAGGAGCACGCAGGAGCAACUUUUUUGUGUGGAUUGAAAGCAACAACCAGGUGGUGACUUGGGGCAAAUAUGGCUGUGGCGGAGAGAGUUGGCAGGUCCAAGAGCAACUGAAACGUGGUCGUGUGAGGCAGGUCUCAGCCUCGGCCGAAGCCUUUGCGGCCAUUUUGGAGGAUGAAACGGUGGUGACGUGGGGCAAUGACACUGGUGGAGGCGACAGCAGCGGUGUUCAAGACCAAUUGCGAAGUGUUCAAGAGAUUUGUGGCUCAGAAGAAGCCUUUGCUGCCCGCUUGGCCGAUGGAAGCGUUGUGACCUGGGGCGCUGCAGACGCUGGAGGGGAUAGCAGCUUGCUUCGCUCUGAGCUACGAGGUGUGAAACACUUGGCCGCCUCUCAGCGUGCCUUCGCGGCCAUCUUGGAGGACGGUGGUGUGGUGACCUGGGGCAAUCCCGAGUAUGGAGGGGACAGCUCUGCCGUCCGCGAAGAGCUCAUCAACGUCCGGGGGAUCUGUUCCACCGAAGACGCCUUCGCGGCCCUGUUGGCAGAUGGAGGUGUGGUUACCUGGGGUGAAGAGGAAGAUGGUGGAGACUCCAGUGAAGUGCAAGAUCAGUUACACGAGGUCCAAGAGCUUUGUGGCACCUGGGGCACCUUUGCCGCCCUGCUUGCGGAAGGAUCUGUGGUGACUUGGGGCUUUCCCUUGUAUGGAGGCGAUAGCAGCGAGGUCUCUGAGCGGUUGAAGGAGGUGAAGCAGCUGGCAGCUUCACAACAGGCCUUUGCUGCCGUCAGGGCUGAUGGACAGGUCAUCACUUGGGGCACCCCGGCCUUCGGUGCCACGUCCAACGUGGCGGACGAAGGGCUUGGACUGGGCGCAGUGGACGUGGUGCUGGCGGCCUCGGAGCGCGCCUUCGCGGCGGUGACGCCUUCGCGUGGGGCGACGUGCCUGGUGGCCUGGGGGGAUGUGAGUUAUGGGGGUGCAGUGACGGAGGCCAUGUUGGAUGAGCUGGAACGGCUCUAG